CGGAAGCAGCCGGCCGGGCGGCUACGGGGGCUCAAAUGGCGGAGCCGUCUGCCCCACCACCGGUCUAUGUGUACAGCCCCGAGUACGUCGCGCGGUGUGACGUCCUCUGCAAAGUCCCCCAGCGGGCCAGCAUGGUGCAUUCCUUGAUCAAAGCAUACUCCCUGCUCAAUCACAUGAGGGUAGUCCGGCCCAAGGUGGCCUCCAUGGAAGAGAUGGCGAGCUUCCAUACGGAUGCCUACCUGCAGCACCUGCAGAAGGUCAGCGAGGAGGGUGAUGAUGACCAUCCAGAAUCUGUGGAUUAUGGCCUAGGUUAUGACUGCCCCGCCACGGAAGGGAUCUUUGACUAUGCUGCUGCCGUGGGAGGAGCCACCAUUACAGCAGCCCAGUGUCUGGUGGAUGGCAAGUGUAAGGUAGCGAUCAACUGGGCUGGAGGGUGGCAUCACGCCAAGAAAGAUGAAGCUUCCGGCUUCUGUUACUUGAAUGAUGCUGUUCUGGGCAUCCUACAGUUGCGGCGAAAAUUUGACCGCGUCCUCUAUGUGGACCUGGAUGUGCAUCAUGGGGAUGGUGUUGAAGAUGCUUUCAGUUUCACCUCCAAAGUCAUGACGGUCUCUCUGCACAAAUUUUCACCAGGGUUUUUCCCAGGAACAGGAGACGUGACUGAUGUGGGCCUGGGAAAAGGGCGCUAUUACAGUGUCAAUGUGCCCAUCCAGGAUGGCGUUCAAGAUGAGAGAUACUAUCAGAUCUGUGAGACGGUGUUGAAGGAGGUCUACGUGGCAUUCAACCCUGAAGCUGUGGUCCUGCAAUUGGGAGCUGAUACGAUUGCUGGUGACCCCAUGUGCUCAUUUAACCUGACCCCCGUGGGUGUUGGCCGGUGCUUGAAGUAUGUUCUGCACUGGCAGCUGCCGACCCUCAUCCUGGGAGGAGGAGGAUACCAUCUGGCCAACACAGCUCGCUGCUGGACAUAUUUGACCGCAGUCAUUCUUGGGAAAACGCUAUCCUCUGAGAUCCCAGAUCAUGAGUUCUUCACAGAAUAUGGCCCUGAUUAUGUGUUGGAAAUCACACCAAGCUGCAGGCCGGACCGCAACAGUCCUCAGAGUAUCCAGGACAUACUCAGCUGUGUAAAAGGGAAUCUGAAGCAUGUGGUGUAGGAGGAAAAGGACUGCUCCUCUUACCACUUCUCCUGGGCC